UUCUUUCAUCACCUUAUCACUAACUGCAAAACAAAACAAAAAAGAACUGAAAACCCUAGGCACUAUCAGCUGCAAACUCUUCAACCGCUUCCUAAACAAUCCAUUAGCGACAAAAAAUCUCCGAUCUAAGCUUGUGAAAUCAUGGCGGAAUUGGAUAUCGACACCCGCGCGGCUAAGCUAGGGAUCGAUUGGUCUCAGGUUAACCUCGAUUCAAUUCAACUCCCUCCUGGAGAAAACUUCGGGAUCGAGAGUGAUGAUGAAGGUGUUUAUCACGACGACCAGUUAGAGUUCGACACUGGGUUCGGUAACAUAAUCGUGGUUGAUAACCUCCCUGUUGUUCCAAAGACUAAGUUUGAGAAGCUCGAGAAUGUCCUGAAGAAGAUUUACAGCCAGCUGGGCGUUAUCAAGGAGAAAGGACUGUGGAUGCCUGUUGAUCCCAACACGGGGAUGACAUUGGGAUACUGUUUCAUUGAGUUCAAUACUCCUCAGGAAGCUCAAAACGCAAAGGAGAAGACUCAUGGCUACAAGUUGGACAAGUCUCAUAUCUUUGCUGUCAACAUGUUCGAUGAUUUUGACAGGCUGAUGAAUGUCAAAGAGGAGUGGGAGGCUCCUCAGACCAAGCCCUAUGUCCCUGGGGAAAACUUGCAAAAGUGGCUUACGGAUGAGAAAGCAAGGGAUCAGCUAGUCACGCGCUCUGGCCCUGAUACCGAAGUUUUUUGGAAUGAUGCUAGGCAGAAGAAUACUGAACUCGUUCAUAAGCGUCCGUACUGGACAGAGAGCUAUGUGCAGUGGUCUCCUCUUGGUACAUACCUUGUGACACUUCACAAGCAGGGGGCAGCUGUUUGGGGUGGUGCUGAUACCUUCACUCGUCUCAUGCGUUAUCAGCAUAAUAUGGUAAAACUAGUUGAUUUCUCUCCUGGUGAGAAAUACCUGGUAACUUACCACAGCCAGGAACCAAGUAACCCACGAGAUGCAAGUAAAGUAGAGAUAAAGGUCUUUGAUGUGAGAACCGGGAGGAUGAUGAGAGAUUUCAAGGGUAGUGCUGAUGAGUUUUCAAUUGGAGGACCUGGUGGUGUUGCUGGUGCUUCUUGGCCUGUCUUCAGAUGGGCUGGUGGAAAAGACGACAAAUACUUUGCCAAGCUCAGCAAAAACACGAUAUCUGUCUACGAGACCGAGACAUUUGGCCUAAUUGACAAGAAAUCCAUCAAGGUUGAUAAUGUCGUGGACAUCUGUUGGUCUCCCACUGACUCCAUCCUUUCACUCUUUGUUCCUGAACAAGGUGGUGGGAACCAGCCUGCCAAGGUAGCUCUUGUCCAAAUCCCUAGCAAGGUGGAGCUGAGACAGAAGAAUCUCUUCAGCGUGAGCGACUGCAAGAUGUACUGGCAGAGCAGUGGAGAAUAUCUCGCAGUCAAGGUUGAUCGAUACACAAAGACGAAGAAGAGCACGUACUCUGGCUUCGAGCUUUUCCGCAUCAAAGAGAGGGAUAUCCCCAUCGAGGUUCUUGAGCUGGACAACAAGAACGACAAGAUCAUCGCUUUCGCGUGGGAGCCCAAGGGUCACAGGUUUGCCGUGAUUCACGGUGACCAGCCAAGACCAGAUGUCAGUUUCUACACGAUGAAGACCACGCAACACGGUGGAAGGGUUACAAAGCUGGGUACUUUGAAGGCCAAACAAGCCAAUGCCCUCUUCUGGUCGCCCACGGGGAAGUACAUUAUCCUUGCUGGGCUGAAGAAUUUCAACGGCCAGCUUGAGUUUUUCAACGUGGAUGAGCUCGAGACCAUGGCCACAACUGAACAUUUCAUGGCCACUGAUAUCGAAUGGGACCCAACUGGAAGGUACGUUGCAACGGCAGUGACAUCAGUCCAUGAGAUGGAGAAUGGGUUCACCAUCUGGUCGUUCAAUGGAAAAUUGCUUUACCGGAAUCUGAAGGAUCAUUUCUUCCAGUUAGCGUGGCGCCCAAGACCUCCAUCGUUCUUGUCUCCGGAGAAGGAAGAAGAGAUAGCAAAGAACCUGAAGAAGUACAGCAAGAAGUACGAGUUAGAGGAUCAGGACGUGUCGCUGCUGUUGAGUGAACAAGACAGAGAGAAGAGGAAGGCGUUGAAGGAAGAGUGGGAGAAAUGGGUGAAGCAGUGGAAGUCGCUGCACGAAGAGGAGAAACUUGCGAGACAGAGCCUCAGGGAUGGAGAAAUCAGUGAUGAGGAGGAAGAAGAGGAUGAAGCCAAAGAAGUUAAAGAAGUUGAGUUUGAGGAUGUUAUUGAAGUCAUUGAAGAAGUCGUCCAAGAAUGAAUUUAAGUUUUCUCACUUGAAGAAGUGGCUUCUCGUUUUUUACUUGUCCUUUGGAUCUCUUUAGACAUCAUCAAACUGUUCUUUUCGUUAUCGUUUUCUGUUCUUUGAAGUUUUAAGAGAAUUUUCAAUUUUGGUUCCGGAGGUUAUUAUGUUUCUUUAUCCAGUGUUUGGAUUAUAUGUUGGAGCACGAAAAAAAUUGACCGUAUCUUAAAUUCA